CGAGAGUUGGAAAUGGUUUACGUUUUAUGGAGUACCCAGGUAUACUCAUGCACUCAGUUCAUUCAUCUCUUUCGGUCAGCGAAAGCUCUAGAAAAGAAACUACUAGUGGUACAUCAGCGUGCUGCCUCACCUGCGGCCAAUAUCGCAAUUCAUAUCAAGCGCUUCAUCGAUAAAUACACACAAAAGAUCUAUGAAUCCGGAAAUAGGUCGCGUCGCAUAUUUCGAAACAAUCCUAACUUGCUAAGAAACAUCGAUCUCUGCCUGUCUUAUCUUCUUUUCUUAGUCAAAAGCCCAAACGAUGACCAAGACAUUGACGUGAUGAUGUCCACGGCAGUGCAAAUCCUAGCAGUACAAACCGAGAAAUAUGAAACUGUUACUGGAGAUUGGGGCUUCGAACUCAUCAAGCAAGAGAUCAAUAUUUUGAAAAUACCGUCCCCAAUCGACUUGAAUAGCCUCGCUGAACAAUUAGAGAGAUACAUCGAAAAUCGCCGAAACUUUGCUAACUUAGCAGAGGAUGCCGAUUUUAUUCUCCCACCUAUUCACCAGCUUUUACUGCUCACACGAAGUAACUCUAUUAUUCAAGCAGCUUGUCAUUCAAGGUUGUUGCCAUCUAUUACUGACGAAAGGGAUAUCUUCGAUCGACGACUUCUUGAAACACUUUUAGACGAGAUAUCGGAGCCAGAUAUCGAAUCUUUCGCUGGCCUAUGUACCGCGAGUGAGAAAAUGGAUCAAUUUUAUCGAUCAAGCUUACAUGUCGCUUGUAUGAAUGGGUCUGCGAAGGUAAUUGAAGACCUGAUGAACGAUGAAGACGACAUUAACUCUGAAGGACCCAUGAGGACUCGUCCACUACAUCUUGCUUUUGCUUUUGGUCAUAAUGAUGUGAUUGAAAAACUCUUGGAAGAUGAAGAUCUGGAUGUUUCCUGUCUCGAUGAACUUGGAAGAGAUCCAAUGUCCUACGCACCUGAAAGCGAGUGCGUGCAGGCGAAAAAUCAUGUAAUGCUUAAACUAGAUGCUCUUCGCACCAAAGAAUGGGGCGGACUUGCGCAGGAGUAUUUCCAUACCAACUGGGAAGACACACCUUUCGAUAUUGGUCUAGACAUGCUGUUAUUCUAGAUACUUGGCAUGUCUUUCGGUAGGGCUACUGUUUACAUGUCGUGUAUUAU